CUUCCGGCCGGCCCCGCCGGAUCUCGCGAGAGCUCAGCCGCAGAUCUCGCGAGAGCGCAGGCGCCGAGGAGGGAGAUCUGAGCGCCGACCGCGGUAGGAGCGGACCGGGCUGGUGAGAGAGGCGUGGCCAUGGAGGACCUGGGGGAAAACACCACGGUCCUGUCCUCCCUGAGGUCCUUGAACAACUUCAUCUCCCAGCGCGUGGACGGAGGAGCGGGCCUGGAUGCUUCGGCCUCCGCCCCAGGGUCCCUGCAGAUGCAGUACCAGCAGAGCAUGCAGCUGGAAGAGCGGGCGGAGCAGAUCCGGGCCAAGUCGCACAUCAUCCAGGUGGAGCGGGAGAAGAUGCAGAUGCAGCUGAGUCACAAGAGAGCUCGCGUGGAGCUGGAGCGAGCGGCCAGCACCAGCGCCCGGAGCUAUGAGCGUGAGGUGGACCGCAACCAGGAGCUCCUGACCCGGAUUCGGCAGCUCCAGGACCGCGAGGCGGAGGCGGAGGAGAAGAUGAAGGAGCAGCUGGAGCACAGCCGGCAGUGCAAGCAGAGCCUGGACGCCGCCAACAAGAGGCUGCGGGAGAAGGAGGACGGCCUGGCCGAGGCCAGCGAGACCAUCAGCGAGUUAAAGGGCAGGAUCUCGGAGCUGCAGUGGAGUGUCAUGAACCAGGAGAUGCAGGUGAAGGGCCUGGAGUCCGAGAAGCAGGAGCUGCAGGAGCAGCUGGAUCUGCAGCUCAGAAAAUGGCAGGAAGCUAAUCAGAAGAUUCAGGAACUCCAGGCUGGCCAAGAAGCCAGGACAGAGCAGGAGCAGAAAAUCAAGGAUUUGGAGCAGAAGCUGUUUCUGCAGGAGCAGGACUCUGCGAUUGUGAAGAGCAUGAAGUCUGAGCUGGUGCGGUUGCCCAAGAUGGAGCGGGAGCUGAAGCAGCUGAAGGAGGAGAAUGCCUACCUGCGGGAGAUGCGAGAGACCAACGGGCUGCUCAGGGAAGAAGUGGAGGGGCUGCAGAGGAAGCUGAGCCGUCAGGAGAAGAUGCAGGAAAAUUUGGUUGACCUGGAGCUGGAGAAGGAGAGGCUGCUGGCGAAGCUGCAGAGCUGGGAGAGACUGGACCAGACCACGGGCUUGAGCAUCAGGUCCCCGGAAGACCUCUCCCGGUUCAUCGUGGAGCUGCAGCAGCGGGAGCUGGCCCUGCAGGACAGGAAUGGCUCCAUCGCCAGCAGCGUCCGGGAGCUGGACAAGGUCAGGCAGCAGCUGCAGGAGGAGGUCCGCCAGGUCAGCGCCCAGCUGCUGGAGGAGAGGAAGAAGCGCGAGACGCACGAGGCGCUGGCCCGCAGGCUGCAGAAGCGGGUCCUGCUGCUGACCAAGGAGCGGGACGGCAUGCGCGCCAUCCUGGGGUCCUACGACAGCGAGCUGACCCCGGCCGAGUACUCGCCCCAGCUGACCCGACGGAUGCGCGAGGCCGAGGACAUGGUGCAGAAAGUGCACGCCCACAGCUCGGAGAUGGAGGCUCAGCUGUCACAAGCGCUGGAGGAGCUGGGCAGCCAGAAGCAGAGAGCGGACAUGCUGGAGAUGGAGCUGAAGGUGCUGCAGGCCCAGGCGGGCCCCACCGAGCAGAGUGUCCUGCUGUCCCGGGAGGAGGCGAGCGAGCUCAGGGUGAAGGUGGAGGAGCUGGAAGGGGAGCGCAGCCGCCUGGAGGAGGACAAGCGGAGGCUGGAGGCGCAGCUGGAGCACCUCACCCUGCAGGGCGACUACGACCAGAGCAAGACCAAAGUGCUGCACCUGAGCAUGAACCCGGCCCGCGAGGCGCAGCAGAGCCGCCGCCAGGACCAGGCGCGGCUGCAGGAGGAGUGUGAGCAGCUGCGGAAGCUGGUGUGCGCCCUGGAGCGGGGCGGCCCCGUGCCCGCCGACCUGGAGGCCGCGUGUCUGCCCUCGUCCAAGGAGGUGGCAGGCCACGGGACCCGCGGGCACCAGGAUGCAGCUGCUGGAGACGGAGUUCUCGCGGACGGUGCCCGAGCUCAUCGAGCUGCACCUGCUGCGCCAGGACAGCAUCCCCGCCUUCCUUGGCGCCCUCACCCUCGACCUCUUCAGCCGCCAGACCCUGGCCUAGCGCCCAGCCCUGCCGCCAGCCCAGCCGCCCGGCCCUGCGCCCGGCCCGCCGCCCAGCCCUGCGCCCGGCCCUCCGCCCGGCCAUGCCACCCGGCCCUCCGCCCAGCCCUCCGCCCAGCCCUGCGCCCGGCCCUGCCGCCGCACUCUGAGUUGGGAGGGGGCAGCGCAGGUGCCCGAGGCUGGUGGCGCCACCCCACCCACUGCACCACCAGGACCACCGCUGCCCGGACAGGCGGGCGGACAUGAUGGGACCCGAGCCGCCCAGAGGACAGGGCAUGGCCCCUCCCAGCAGGGGAGCUGUUCUGGGAGGCGCCUCCCGGAGCCCACACCCCCUGCAGGGAGGUCCCUCCCCUCCCCCGCGUCCCAGCACCCGCUCAGCCCCCGCUGCCCUGCAGCCUGGCAGGGGGCAUGUGGCCGCCCCCUGAGUCCGGGGCCUGGCUCGGCUCCAGCGCGGGAGGGGGUGGAGAGAGCCUUGUUGCCCCAUCGGCCUGUGGGCAGGACUUGCUGUGAAAUAAAGUUUCUCUUGGCCACCAA